AAGAACCAUCAAAUUCCGGUGGUUCUCACCCUUCCUCCUAUCAGUGUUAUUUCAGUUGUGACUUCAACGGCCAUCCAAAAAUACUAGUCUCAGCUCUAUCGGCACCAAGCAAUUUUCUAUUUUUCCGUGUCGCCAGUGGGUUUUUGAAAUGAGUCGUACAAGAGAGAAGGCCUUUGUAUAUUCAAUUAUCCACAGUAUCAUCAUCCUUCAGCACAUCAUAAGAACUAGUAGUAUUGCAACUGCAAGCAAAAAUGCUUGUCCAAGUUCUUCAUGUGGAAGGUUGUCUAAUCCACAAAUUCGGUUUCCGUUUCACUUAAAGGGUCAACAAUCAAAUCAAUGUGGAUAUCCUGGGUUCGAGUUAUCUUGCACAAACAAAAAUAAAGCAGAAAUCGAGCUACCAGUUUCAGGGAAGUUUCUCGUAAAGGACAUCAAUUAUGCGUCCCAAAGUAUGGAAAUUUAUGAUCAAAACGGCUGCAUACCACGGAGGCUUAUGCUUAGUGGUUUCGACCUCUCUGGUACUCCUUUCAAAACACAGUUACAGGGGAACUAUACCUUCUUUAACUGUUCGAAGGAUAACACAGAUGGACCAGAUCGGCGAACAUUUGCAUAUGAUUUUAGAAGCAUAAGUUGUCUAAGUAGUGGUUCAUACAAAACCUUUUAUCUCGAUCCAAAUGAGUCUAUUGCAGGGUUUUCACGAGAAGGCAAUUGUAGGAUCUCGGCAGUUUCGAUUAGAUUGCCUUCAUUUGAUAGUAGCGAGGAAAACAGUCUUUUCAUGCACUGGGAUGAACCAAAAUGCUCUCGUUGUGAAAUUGAUGGAGGGAAAUGCAGAUACGAAAAUCAUAACUCUAGCCUUUCCGUUGGGUGUUUCGGGCCUUUUAGCAUUCCACCCGGACCACCACCUCACCACAAAUCCAAAGGAAAGCAGAUAGCAAUAGCUGUGAGCUUAUCAGGAAUAUUUGUUUACGCAUUAUCUGUGCUGAUCAUAUUUAUCAAAGUAUUCAAGAAGGCUGAUAUGGAAGAAAAAGAAAAUCUAAGAAUCGAACAGUUCCUGGAAAACAAUGCUCUCAAGCCCACUCGAUAUAGUCAUGCUGAAAUAAAGAAAAUCACAAAUAAAUUUGAGACCAAAUUAGGCCAAGGAGGAUAUGGCAGCGUGUUUGAGGGGAACCUUACAAAUGGUAUCCGAGUAGCAGUAAAAAUUCUAGACAACUCAGAAGGAAGCAAUAAUGGAGAAGAAUUUGUCAAUGAAGUUGGCACUAUAGGUAGAAUUCAUCAUUUGAAUGUUGUGCGCCUUUUGGGAUACUGCGUUGAAGGAUCCAUGAGAGCUCUUGUUUACGAGUUUAUGCUGAACAGUUCCCUGGAUAGAUUUAUAUUUUCAGCUGGGAAAGAUAAGACAUCGAUAGACCUUGGUUGGCCGAAACUUCAAGAAAUCGCUAUCGGUAUAGCUCGUGGUAUGGAAUAUCUUCAUCAAGGUUGUGACAAGCGUAUUUUACAUUUCGAUAUCAAACCUCAAAAUAUAUUGUUAGACCACAACUUUACUCCAAAGAUAUCCGACUUUGGCCUUGCAAAGUUAUGUACCAAAGACACCUUUGUCAGUGUAUCGAUGGCUGCCGCUAGAGGAACAAUGGGCUACAUUGCACCUGAAGUUUUCUCGAGAAACUUUGGUAUCGUAUCGUACAAAUCUGACGUGUAUAGUUUUGGAAUGUUGUUACUUGACAUGGUAGGAGGAAAGAAGAAUACCCAAAUUUUGAUUGGAACACGUAGUGGUGAAGAUGAAUACUUUCCAGAGUGGGUUUAUAAUCGUUUGAAUCUGGGAGAAGAUUUAGGAAUUCUUGCUGAAGCGGAAGGUUUGGAGAUAGUAAAGAAAUUAGCAAUGGUUGCACUCUGGUGUAUUCAGUGGAACCCUGUUGAUCGCCCUUCCAUGAAUGCAGUCCUUCAUUUGUUAGGAGGGAAUACUGAAAACUUGCUCAUGGCACCCAACCCUUUCAUCUCGAUUUCAAGUUCUUCAAGUGUUAAUCAUAGUAAUGAGACUGAAUUAACCGUAAUCUUAGAAGAUUAAGAGCAAGGAUAAUGUAACGUGGCCUUAUGUUUAUUUUUUGCAUGUUUGUCCGUUUGUAUGAAUCAGUGUGCUGCACAGAUGAAUUUCAAGCUCAGAGUCAUAAGUAAAAGCAGAAGAACAUCUGAAGCUAGUGAAGCAGUGCAGCAAGCCAGUGAAGCAUUGUAGGUUAAGAAUGUCAGUGGGGCAGGAUAAAUAGUCACAUGUCUAGUGUGUUGUCUGCACAUGUGAAGUAACGUGUGGCUGUUCUUAACUUGUACGGAAAACUAUAAAUGCUGUCCAUGUAUUUCAUUUCUUCUGUAAUGUGAUAGUCUGUAUGUUCUCUGAGAAACAAAUGUUUCUUUUCAUCACCAUUAACACCAUGUUAUCAUGGUAUCAAGCAGGUUAGAUUAGGGUUUCUUCAUCAACCUUUUCUAUUUUUCGAUCCUGUAUAUUCACAGUACUUCUCAAGUAUCUGUUGUUGUUCAUCUUCAUAGUUUGAAGAUUUGAUUCCUCCUCGUGGUGUUUGUUGGUGAUUCUUCAGGUUUUUCAGUUUCAAGAUCUCAUUCUGUCGAUCUUGAUCUCUUCCGCUGUUAUCUUUCUUUCACAAUCAUCAAGAUUUGUGAUCAAUUCUUUACUUUCUUGAUUUAUUUAUUUUUGGGUUAUUUCUCUCUUUUCUUGAAUCUCAUAUCUAGUUUAUGAUUCGGGAAUUCACAUCUGUACCAUCAUCAUCAAUGGAAAAUCCCACACAAUUACGUUUUCUAAGGUUUCUCUCAAUCAAAUCAACAAUUUUGUUACUUUGAAGCUUAAAGAAGAUAAUUAUUUACUUGGAGAAAUUUGAUGCAUCCAGUAAUUCAAAGGUACAAAUUAAUGAAGUUCUUAGAUGGCUCCUUUCCAUGUCCACCACCGUACUCAUCACCACGUAAUGAGGCUAAUGGAAUUGAAAAUCCUAACUAUACUGACUAGAUUGAAGAAGACUCUACAAUCAGAAUGUGGAUUAACUCAACCACUUCUGAUUCUGUUAUUGCUUAUUUCUCAAGAUCUACUUCAUCUUAUCAUCUGUGGAAGAGUAUUGAAGAAAGAUUUGCAAGAGAAUCUUCAACUCACUUUAUUCAGUUAUGCACAAAACUUCUCAAUAUUUCUCAAUGUGAUAAAUCAAUCACAGCUCUUAUUAAUGAAAUUAAACUCCUGUCUGAUUAGUUAGCUGCAUCUGGAGAGAUUGUCUCAGAUAGAGAAUUGGUGGUUAUUACUCUCAAAGCACUCAAAUCUGAUCAUAUUCCUUUUGCUACUUCUGUGCAGCAUAGGAAUCCACCAAUAACUAGUAUUGAGUUGCAUAACAAUCUACUAAAUGAAGUUGCAAACUCUUUAUCUGAUGCAUCAUUAUUUGUUCAUAAAACUGGCUCUAAAAUCACAGUGGCUCUGGUAUAUUUUGAUGAUAUCCUACUUACAGGUUCUUCUUUAACUUUUCUGAAGUAUGUUAUUACUCAACUGCAAGCUAGCUUUCCCAUUAAAUAUUUGGAUAACUUACACUACUUCUUGGGACUUGAAGUUUUGAAAACUACAGAUUUUUUGUGCUUAUCACAAACCAAGUAUGCAGUUUACCUGUUGCACAAACAUCAUAUGGAAGGUGCCAAACCCUGUCAAACUCCCAUUUAUGCUACUGAAAAAUUAACUCAAGCUUUUGGUGAUCUUCUUCCCAAUCCUACAGGAUAUAGAUCUUUGGUAGGUGCUUUACAAUAUCUUAUAUGGACAAGACCAGAUAUCUCUUUUGUAGUCAAUUUAGUUUGUCAGUAUAUGCAGAAUCCUAGAACUGAUCAUCUAAUGGCUGCUAAGAGAACACUGAGAUAUAUUAAAGGCACUUUGAAUUAUGAGUUGAAGUAUACAAGUGGUAGUUCUUUUCUGUUGGGAUUUUCAGAUGCUGACUGGGCUGGUUCUCUUGAUGACAGAAAAUCUACAGGUGGUUACUCUAUUUUUCUGGGCUCCAAUAUCAUCUCUUGGUCAUCCAAGAAAGAAUCUACUAUUGCCAGAUCAAGUACUAAAGCAGAAUUUAAAACUCUUGCCAACGGUGCAACUGAAAUGAUAUGGAUAUGCUAUGCGUUGAAUGAUCUUCAUUUUCCAGUUCCUGGUAUUCCCAGAUCAAAUAGGCUGUGAUAACAUUACUUCCAUCUCUUUGGCCAGAAAUCAUGUUCUGCAUACUAAAAUGAAGCAUGUUCAGUUAGAUUUUCACUUCAUCAGGGAGCUAGUGCAUACCAAAGCUUUGGAUGUUUUCUAUUUUCAUACACUUGAUCAAGUUGCAAAUAUUUUUACAAAGGGUCUUCAUGGUCCAAGGUUUCAAUACCUCAGAUCCAAACUAAGACUUACACCCAUUAGUUUGAGGGGGGAUAAAAGCAGAAGAACGCCUGAAGCUAGUGAAGCAGUGUAACAAGCCAAUGAAGCAGUGCAGGUUAGGAGUGCCAGUGGCGCAGGAUAAAUAGUCACAUGUCUAGUGUGUUGUCUGCACGUGUGAAGUAACGUGUGACUGUUCUUAACUUGUACGAACAACUAUAAAUGUUGCCCAUGUAUUUCAUUUCUUUUGUAAUGUGAUAGUCUGUAUUUUCACAGAGAAACAAAUGAUUCUUUUCAUCAUCAUUAA